AUGUCAGAUGCAGAGGAAAACCCACUAGAAGAAACAGAAGAAUACAGAGAAAUAGAAAUGCAAGAAGAAGAUGAAGAAGAAGAUCCAAAUUUUGAAGGGCUAGAAAAUAUGCAACGGGAAUUAAAAGAAGUUAACACAUUAGCAUGGACAGCAGAAGAGGAAGAGGAGGACAGGGAAGGGAAGGAGGAGGGAGAGGAAGAAGAGGAGGAAGAAGGGGAAGGGGAGAAAAGAGUGGAGGAGCAUGAGGAGGAAGAGGGAGGGAAGGGAGAGGAAGUGGAGGAAGAGGAGGCCUCAGGAGCACAGGAAGAAACCUCUGUAGAGCCCGAAGAAAUCACCACGUCCAUGAUCAGUUUGGAGAGAUUUACACAGACUGAUUCCCAGACAGUCUUCUCAGAAACAUCCCUAGUAAGUAGGAGUUGUCAUUCUAGCGAGUCAAAGCAUUCAUUACAAUCAGAGCUUUUGGAAAUGUUCGAGCUUCCAAGAAGCCCUGGUUCACAAUUAGAGUUUCUGGAUUUGGAUGUAACCACUUCUGGGGAACCACUGAUUAGUUUCCCGGAAAGGCAGCCUUCAGGCGAGCUCUACCAGAGGCCCCAAGAUGAAUUGGAAGAAGAAGAAGGGAGAGACUUGGAACAAGAAAGGGGAGACUUGGAGCAGGAAAACAGGGAAAGGAGAAAAGAAAUGAGAGUAUCAUAUAUCAGCGAGAAAAGCGAAAAAGAGUCACAGCCCAAAGCAAGGAUCACCAAGGCAUCGCUGGUCUCCACCGCCACUGAGGACAUUUUGUUCCAAAGGAGGGAGAGUACCAACUUGUAUCCCUUGACCAUGACCUGGUCAUUCGGGUGGAACAGUUCCCUUCCUGUUUACUACAUUCGAGAAAACGAGAGAGUCCUUCUCUACGCCAGUGGUCACACUGGGGUCAUCUACAACGUCCUCAAGAACAACCAGCACCAUCUUCAGGGUCACCCCAACAUCAUUUCCUGCCUCUGCAUCAGCGAAGACAGGCGCUGGGUCGCCACGGCCGACAAAGGGCCCGGCUGCCUGAUCAUCAUAUGGGACUCUUUCACAGGCAUUCCUGUGCACACGAUAUUUGACAGCUGCCCAGAAGAUAACGGCAUCAGGGCCAUGGCCAUCACCCGCGACGCUAAGUAUCUGGCAACCAUCUCAGAUGCCGAAAUCCAGAAAGUUUGCAUCUGGAAGUGGACGUUAGCGGCAGAAACGCCAGCAUGCACUCUUGACCUCCCCAAGGAAUAUGGUUUUCAGAACUACCUAAUUUUUAAUCCAACAAAUAAUAAAGAAUUGGUGAGCAAUAGUAAAACACAAGCAAUAUAUUAUACGUGGUAUCCAGAGGGAGGCAUACUUGUUCACAGUGCCCCGCUUUUAACAGAAAAAACAUUCAACAAGCUCGUGGGAAAAUUUAGCCAGUCUGUCUUUCACUUGAAUUUAACCCAAAUACUGUCCGCGACGAUGGAAGGGAAGCUGGUUGUCUGGGACAUUUACCGCCCACCGCCAUCUGCCUCCUCCUCCAUGGGCUUUCCCCAUAUCAAACCUUGCAAACUGGUUCAUUUGCAGAAGGAGGGUAUCACUGUGCUCACUACAGUUGACAGCUAUAUUGUCACAGGUGACAUUCGGGGCAACAUCAAGUUCUAUGAUCACACCCUUUCCAUUGUGAACUGGUACAGCCACUUCAAACUCAGCUCCAUAAGAUCCCUGUCCUUUUCAAAGACCCCAGCAGCCCCUCCGACCGAAAAUACAAACUAUCCUCCAGACUGCACUCUAAAAAGUGACCAUUUUGUUGUAAGGAAUUUUAUCAUCGGAACAUCAGAUGCGUCAGUGUACCACUUGACAGUAGAUGGGACUAAACUUGAGAAGUUAUUUGUCGAGCCCAGGGAUGCCAUUUGUGCCAUCUCCUGCCACCCAUACCAGCCCCUCAUCGCCAUCGGAAGUUUCUGUGGGAUGAUCAAAGUGUGGGAUUAUGAACAGAAAAAAUACCUCUUCAGCAGGGUCUUUGAGAAGGGGCUUGGAGUUCAGAGUCUGGCCUACAACCCUGAAGGAGCUCUGCUUGGAGCUGGCUUCACAGAGGGGACAGUUUACAUUCUUGAUGCAAUGUCCUUAGAAAGUGCAAUCUCAGAGCCUUUCAGAUACUCCAGAAGCAGCGUGACUCACAUCAGCUUCUCUCAUGACUCCCAGUACAUGGCGACCGCUGAUGUCAGUUUCACUGUGGCUGUUUAUGUGGUGAGAGUCAAACACAGACGAAGGGUCUGGGAAUACUUGGCAAGGCUGCGCUCUCACCGCAAGAGCAUUCGAAGUGUCCUGUUCGGGGUUCAUCUGGACAGCAAUGAGCCCCGACUGCUAAGCCUCGGCAGAGACAGACUCCUGAUUGAGUACAACCUACUCAAGAGCUACAAAGAUCACCUGGCAGUCCUGGACAUUCACUGGACUGACCAGGGCAGCUACCCCACCUGCAUGGUCUGGUACCCGCCGCUCACCAAGGAGCUCUUCCUGCUCAUCUGCAACAGUAGCUACAAAGUGAAGCUUUUUAACUCCACCACAAAAAUGUGCAGGAAGACACUCCUCGGGCCAGUUUAUGGAUCUCCCAUCGAGCAGAUACAAAUCCUCCCAGUGAAAUCCACUCUGGAACUGCAGAAGCGCUACGUGGUGUUUAUUAACAGAGACAAGGUUGGACUUCAGAUCUUACCAGUUGAUGGCAACCCACAUAAGACCUCUGCCCUCAUAUGCCACCCGAACGGGGUGGCUGGCAUGGCCCUUUCCUAUGAUGGCUGCUAUGCCUUCACAGCAGGAGGGCAGGAUCGGUCAGUGGUGCAGUGGGAAAUCAACUUAAGUGCCCUGGAGGCAGCGGUUUCUCUCGGGGGUGAAGACCUGACCCCGUUCUACGGUCUGGUGUCUGGUGGCAGGGAAGGAAAAUUCUACAGGGAGCUGGAAGACUAUUUUUACUAUUCUCAGCUCCGUAGUCAAGGUAUCGAUACAAUGGAGACCAGAAAGGUGUCGGAACACAUCUGCCUGUCGGAGCUUCCUUUUGUCAUGAGAGCAAUUGGCUUUUACCCAUCGGAAGGGAAGAUUGAAGAUAUGUUUAACGAAAUCAGAUUUAGUGAGUAUGUGGACACUGGAAAGCUCAUCGACAAAAUCAACUUACCGGAUUUCUUCAAAGUCUACCUCAAUCAUAGGCCACCCUUUGGUAACACCAUGAGCGGCAUCCAGCAGAGCUUUGACAUUCUUGGUUUCACCAAUUCAAAGGGAGAGAAGGCUAUUCAAAGAGAGGAUUUUCUGAAUCUGCUUCAAACUAAAGGUGAGCACAUGACAGAAGAGGAGAUGAUGGACUGCUUCGCCACGCUGUUUGGACUGAAUCCCGAGGGCUGGAAAUCUGAGCCCGCGGCCUCCUCUGUCAAAGGUUCUGAAAUUUGCUUAGAAGAAGAACUUCCAGACGAAAUCACUGCAGAAAUAUUCACGACUGAAAUUCUUGGCUUAACCGUUUCCCAAGAUUCUAGACAAGAUCCUAGGAUCAGUGAAGUCGAGCAGAGUUUCUGA